UAACUCUUCCCCCCCCCCCUUUUGGCUUCCUUACCCCCUCCUGGCAACUUACAUUUCAUGUGUGUAAUUUACCAUCAAACCAACCUGGGUCGCUCCAAAUCUGGACAUUACCUGUAACAUCAUCCCGUUUUUGCGCCACUGUUCUUGUUUGCCUUGACCCAAGUUCUUGCUCCCUACCCCUUCACAAUGGCGAAACGCGCCUCGAUCCCUGAUCGGAGCCAGUCAUCCUUGGACCUUAUUACCUCUAUUGCCCGUGCUACUAAUUCCGUCAAUACGGCCACCUCCGGCAUCCGCGCGGUCGCUUCUUUCCCGCCUACCCAAGCUCAACUAACGUACGCGCAGGUGAUCGUUAGUCUCGCGCAACUCCAGGCGGCUGUCUCCAAGCUGUCGGAGGCUUAUAUCAACCAUGCGAACACCGUACUGAACCGCGGCCCGACGGUCGACAUCGGGAACAUCGCCAGCAUCAUCAACCCGCUCUAUGAAAGCGGUUUGCUGGGCGCCCUCGGUGCUCGCGCUACUAGCCCUGGCGCAAAGUCCGAAGUGGGCGAGAAGAAGAAGCGCAAGCGCGCUCCCCCGGACCCCAAUGCGCCCAAGCGCGCCUUGACCCCUUUCUUCCUUUACAUGCAGCACAACCGCAGCAAGAUCGCCGAGGAAAUGGGCUCCGAUGCCAAGCCGAAGGAGGUCUCGGACGAGGGUACCCGUCGCUGGGCCGUGAUGCCCGAAUCGGAGAAGGAGCACUGGAAGAAAAUUUAUGCGGACAACCUCGCCGUCUACAAAGAGAAGAUGAAGGCCUACAAAGAGAAGAUGGAGGCCUACAAGGCUGGUCUUCCUUUCAGUGAUGACGCGAAGGCCGCCAACCAACUGCAACAGGAGGCUGACCGUGCGGAUGCCACCCCUGCUGAAGAGUCCGAAGAGGAGGAGGAAGAGGAGGAAGAGGAAGAGGAGGAGGAGCCCGAACCCGUCCGGGAGCCUACCCCACCACGCUCUGGUAAGCGUCGUCGCAGCGAGGCUGCUAAGGCUGCCAAGGAGGUCGCCUCUCCUGCGGAGACCAAGAAGGCAUCGCCCGAGAAGAAGCGGACGCGCACUCCCGCCUCGAGGGAAAAGAAGGUGCAGGAGGAGACCCCCGCCUCGGCUCGCAAGUCGGCUGCGACAGAGAACAAGCGCGGCAAGAAGAAGCGCAAGAGUGAGGCUGUCGCGGAAGAGUAAAAUGGUUCUGCGUCUGCAUCUUUGGAUAUGGUCGUGGGGGUUUACUGGAGGGGACCGGUUGUACAGACAUUCGGCGCAUCUAUGUUGAUUUUUGGGGAAUUGAACCGUACUCAGUGCUCCCUGUACCAUACAGUGCGAUUUGCAGCCGGAUCACUGGUUCGGUGCUCUGGGGUCGGGGCAGUUUGGAGUCUUUUUUUUACAGUUAUCUAUUUUCAGGAGCUUCGGUUUGCUUUUAGGUCUAGCUUGCUCAAACGGGAAACGGAUCUUUCAGAUUGAUCUUAGCGAAAGUUAAAAAUGAAAGCAAUGUGCA